AUGCUUUCAAACACAAAAGCCAUCUACUUUGUGUUCUUCUUUCUUAUCACCAUCUACAUCGCCUGUCUCAAGAUCAAAACACCACUCGCGAUGGUGUAUCUCCUCGCCAUCUUUGGGUUUGCCAUCCAGCAAAUCCAAGAAAAGGUGGAUAGACGAUUACAGCAACUCGCGUUCGCCUUGGUAGGCGUCUUCUCAGCCAUCAUCUGCAUGUGCGGCAAGACGAUCCUUCCGUACGCGAUCGGUGCCGUCGGAAUCUCAAUCAUCUUGACAAAAGGCUGCAACGCCGCUGGCUCGUCACUGGAGUCGGGGUGGUUGCAGAAUCCAUCAACCAUUGGGAGGGACACGAACAUGAUGCCCACCCUUGGGUCAGCACUUGCCCCCUUGACCGGCCUAUUCAGCGACGUUACUCGAUGGAUGGAGUCAGCCAACUUGGGCACAUCAGCCCCACCAUCGGUCUAUGACAUCCCAUCGGUCUAUGACAUUCCAUCGAACGAUGGCGACGGCGAGUGGGAGCAAGACUGGGACGACAAUGCCUCGCUAGCAACCAGCGAGAUGACCUUCGCACCACGCAGACCACCCCGUCCCAUCCCCCAUCAGCAGCAGAUUGCUCGCCCGGAUGCCUUCUCCAAUCCACGGCCGUACCCCGUCUACGACGUGCCGGCCGACUCCUACGCAGAUGAAGACGAAACCUCCGUUCUCUCCGCUCCCUCAUCCACCUUGACCACCUCAACCAGGGGAGAACGAAGGGGAUUUCGUGGUCCCGGAGUGGUUUUGGGCCAGAAUCAAUGGGACCAUAUGCAUGAUCCGCAUAUGAAUAUGAUCAUAGAAAGGCUGAGGGAGCAAUAUCCUGAUGCGCGAAUUAUUCGUGUUGAGGAGGUCAAGUUGUCAACAUUAUUGAAGAGGGGGGCCAAGUGGAUAUUUAAGCCGGUUUGGAAAAAAUGA